AUGAACGAGCCCACGAAUCUCAAGGACCGCAGGAGACGGAUUGCAAAGGCGUGCGACUCGUGCCGUCAAAAGAAGCUCAAAUGCGAUGGUAUAAGACCGGCAUGCAGUCGGUGCAUGCAGUACGACAUUGCUUGCAUGUAUGCCGACGUCGCAAAGCCGCCCUACCGCAGAUCAAGGAACAAGACUGAAAGGCAUCCAGACGCGGCUUCUUUCGGGAAGAUCACCGCCUCGCUGAGGGGUGGCACCUUUUCCAGAUGGGUUCAUCCCGCAUUGCAGCCGCUUUUCGGCAGAACAGUCCAUGAGCCGCUAACAACAUGGGAGCAAGCCCUGUCACUGGUCAAUGAUUACUUCCACCACGAGAAUCGGCACUGGCCACUCUUCGAUCACCCUACUUUCACGGCCUAUCUCGGUCGCCAGUACACCGAUGAUCCGCCACCUGAAUCGUCAUGGUGGGCCGCCCUGAACAUUAUACUCGCCACGGCCCAACGCAGAAAGGCCGGCACAGACCCAAGCAACUGGCAGGAAGCCCUGAAUCAGGCCUGGAAGUAUGUGCGAAACGCCAUGAGCGCCGUCCUUGACAUUCUCUUCCACAACAUCAGCCUGCUCUCGGUACAGGCUCUGGUGAGCAUCGGCCACUUCUUCCUGGACACGCCCAAUCCCCAGCCGACAUUCAUACUAUCGUCCUCGGCAGUGCGUCUCGGCCAGGCCAUUGGAUUGCACAAGCAAGACUGUCAGUCCACGCAUGAGCGUACUGAUCAGAAACAGAGGGCCCGUGUCUUUUGGUGUGCGACGAUUCUGGACCAGCUGGCAUGCUCCAAGACUGGAAGGCCACCCGCGCAAAAGGCAGAGGACUAUGCCGUGAGGCUACCAGAAGCAUCUGAAGGCGAAACACUGGGCACAUAUCGCCAACUGGAGCGGUGGGUGAGGAGCAUUCCCCCAGGUGCACGGCCUGGCAGAAUUCACGGAAACAACUGGGCAGGGUCAACCCAACCGGACCUUCUUGCGUUCGCCACCACGGCGCUUUUCAUCAUUUACAUCUACACGAAGCGAGUUCCGUCAGGGGACCGCCCCUGGCAGGACCUCGAGGAUAUGAGGAGCAUUGUGCGGUUUAUGCGAACUCAGAUUGACCAUGGAGCCGAUUCCUUCAUUCACGACCUGCAAGUCGCGGCUGAAGCUGCCUGCGAUUCUUCAGAGGCGGCUGUGACCCAUGCCAACGUCCUUACAGCUGAUCCGUCUGCACAUGAUCGAGGGUCCAGCGGUCAUACUGCCCACCAGACUGUUUAUGAUGAUGCUCAGGACAAGAGCAUGGCAAUAGAUGGAGCUGCGUCUUUUGAAGCCCCUGAGCCGCUUGAAGGGCUCGACUCUUUGCAUCAGCAACUCCUGGAGUUUCCGUGGUCGUUCCUGGAGAUUGACUUUAGUUUUGGCGAUGACCUCGCAGGAUUUGGGUUCUAG